GUAAUGUGUUGCUCUGCUCAUAGGAUCAAACUUUCUAAGUCCAUGUUCGUGACCAGGAUUCCAAAUCGAGGUAUAUAGCUUCAAAGGCAAUCAAACACUUCCCAAAAGUCACGUUAUAGCUGAAAGCGACAAGAUUCAGUGUAAAUUUGCAGACAAAGCAGAUCUGUUCGAUAUUGGGUGGAAAUAUGCAGCACCAGAGACGGUAUUGGUGUGACUCAUGCGUGCGUAGUAACGAAUAAAUAGGCAAUGCACGCUCUAAAUAUCAGCAAAUCAAACGUACUUCACCGAAAAGGUCACCGUGGAUGGGAUUUUGUAGACAAUUGAUAUGCAAAACCCUGUUUUUCUUAGUGUCAAAAGCGCACCAGACGUUGCGUUGCCAAAGGACUUUAUUUGAUCGUCUUCGCAUAGUUUCUUUUUUGGACUACUUGGUCACCUGUACCCAUCCUCAGCACGGUAAGCUUCUUUUUAACAGGGGAUUCUUAUUUUACAAGAGCAGGCUAAAUCUUCUUUGUUCAUUGAAGCGUUAUGAUAAAUUGACGUUUGAGAUGCUCUAACAGGUGUUUUAAAUUAUUCCACAAGGUGUUGUAAGGUACAUACAGAGAACAAUACAUGCUAUUCAUAUUAAUUGAUAUGUCUGUUUGCUGAUCGAGCUAUGACGGACGGUUUAUUAUUGUAUGGGCAUGCGUUUUUGUUGAAUUGAAAUUGACCUAGAUCAGGGUCAUCAUUAUAUUUACAAAUCAUCCUCUUAAUUAAGGAGUCACUAUCCUGUUUGUCAAUCAAUUCUGUUAACAGACUAUUUUGGGUUAUUUAUUUAUCAAAUGAAUACUUAAUUUAUCGGAGGUUUGACGGUUCACUUAACUUGCCUAUAUGAUAAAUCACCAGAUGAGCUGUUAUGGCAUUUAGUUGAUCAUUUAUCAAGGCUAAUUCAAUGUUUAAUUAGUUUUAGGCUUAAACUUUUCAAGUCCUAUUCAUCAAAGGCAGAUCAAUAUCAACCUCUCUGAAACCAAAGACACUUGCUGUGAUGCCUCAUUAUCCACAUUGACAGUAGAUCAGGUUAUAUAGCCAAUAAGUUAUUUUGCCAUAGGUUUUUACUUUCAUAUCUGUAUGGAAUCAGGAUAAAAAAAUGAUGUGCAGCCUCAACCAACCUGUUAAUUGAUGUUUGAGAAUAAAUCUACCCUGGCUGCCAGACGAUGUCUUCGACAUGUCUGUCGUGUCAUGACCCUUGUUUAUUCGCAGUUGUGGAUUUCUGUCAGCGUUUGUAUGAAGAAUCGAUCUUAAAAUAUCCUAUUGAUACAUUUAAAAUAGUUAGGCAUGUCAUUAUCUAUAUCCUAUAUUUUAUGUCUCCGACAGCUAUUCUUUCUCCUCUCCUUACAGUUAAUGGGACUUUUCAUCUUGGAUAAAAUAAGAGAGGUUUCACUGAAAUUGACAGUGCGCUUUGGAGUGAGGACUUUUGUACUGUAUUUUAGGAGUGAUGGCGGCGUCUGCACCUUCCUCCUCUGGCGGGGAACCCGAUCCCAACUCGACAAAUUUACGACCACCAGGCACAAGUAGGUCCAUCACAAAUAAAACGCUAUUUCAAUUGUGCUAUUUACUUUGUGAGCAAUGGCAUUAAACAUUUCCAUGGAGGAAAAUAACUGUAGACUACCAUUUUAAAUGCCACCCAACAAAUCACCGCAGCAUUGCAUGCGCAGCGGACCUCCCGGCAUCAUGCUUGAUAGACGAAUCUUGCUGUCAAAAUUAAAAACACGAACUGUCGGUAUUGAUAAAGACGAAAAUCGCCAAAUAAUGUAGCUAUAUCUUUCAAAAUAAUAUUACAGCCUACUUUAAAUAUUAUUAUUAUGUUAUUUGGGCUCCCGAGUGGCGCAGCGGUCUAAGACACUGCAUCUCAGUGCUUGAGGCGUCACUACAGACCCCCUGGUUCGAUUCCAGGCUGUAUCACAACCGGCCGUGAUUGGGAGUCCCAUAGGGCGGCGCACAAAUGGUCGUCCGGGUUUGGCCGGUGUAGGCCGUCAUUGUAAAUAAGAAUUUGUUCUUAACUGACUUGCUUAGUUAAAUAAUGAAAAAUAUUAUUUAUUAUGCUUUUAUUAGAUUACUAUUGCAUUUCAGAAAGAAGUAGGUUAUAUUAUUUCAGUGGAUUUCUUCCGUCGUGGUUGGAAAGUGAGAGUGAGUGAGGUUUAGGGGGUAAUUAUGUGCAAAGUAGCGUUAAUUGUAGCCACACUAAAGCCCCGUUUAUACCUGGUUCUAACUUGCGUCCUUUGCCCUGAUCCUUUCCCAUUCUGAUUGUUGUGCCCACAUUUUUAGACAGGUGUAGACAAUCAAAAGACACAUUGUGAUCUGAUUGUGAUCAGAUAAUCCUGCCAAACUCCGGUGGUAGUCAGACACACAUUGUGUCUGAAUAUCUUACAAGUGUAGACAGAUCUGGACAUAGAAACCAUUUAAAUCAUUAUUCUGCAUAAUUUGCAUGAAGGAAGGGACCAGGAAAUCUGGUCACGAUGCAGACACAGUGGGCAAAUAACAGACACAUUUUAAUACCAUGUGUAGACACAUUACUGGAAAUGUGGGUACAAGCAGAAUGUAUACAAGAUCAGGACAAAGGACCCAUGUUAGCACCAGGUAUAAACUGGGCUUAAAUUGGCCCUAAUGGCAUGUGUUCAGGCGCCUUAUUGUAACCUCCAUCAGCUGAGCGGGGAUGUAGCCCUGCUCUACCUCAAUACUCUUCAUUAUCCAAGAGCUAUUGGUGAAAAACACAUAGCCUACAUCCCAAUUAGUCGUCCAAGCACAUUCAAAUUUUGUUGCAAAGUUUUCCAUAAAUGGCAUUUUCCUUGGGCAAUCAUAAAGCUCUGAUUUUGAUAUCGACAACACCCCAGUGUCAAUUAUGCAUUUGCAAAGGUAAACGAUUAAGCUACGCAAUUUAAAAUGAAGUCAGUUCAGAUGUAUUCAAAUAGCAAAACUGCACCUCAAGUUUUUCAAGGGAUUUAGUCAUUGCUGAAUUUGCUUGCCAAACUGUGCUUGCUUUGUCGCUUCCUUGGCUUGAUGGUUUGCCAAAACCAUUAGACUGGCGUCAUGCCAGUAUUACAUGCAGAAAUUUGGAACUUACAUUUUGUCUGUGUCUCUAUUGACAUCAAUGCUUGAUUUACGCGAAAACCCGAAUCACGCACGUGGAUCUCAAGCCUAUUCCGCCCAUAAUUGGCCCAAUUAGGCUAUUUGGCAUUCUAAACGUCAUAUUUAAGAUAUUUCUGUUGCCUUUGUGUUUUCUUUCAUGGGUGAAACCUUGGCGUAGAUUCUGGUCCAGAAUUAUGGGAUUCUGUGUGGAGCUAUCUGUCCCUUGUCCCUUUCACUGGCCUCUGACAAAAUUAUUCAAUUCCUAGACCUAGACUAUGCUCCCACAAACACACACCAUCUCCCCAAUUUAAUCCCUGGAAGCGGAAGCCCUUAAUAGCGGUGUAAUGCUCAACCCUUUAUCACUGCCUCAUGUCUGGUGAUGCAUACCGAUAUUUUCAGCAUUUUCUCACCCAAUUAGUUCCUUAGCACAAUCCCAAACGGCUAAAUGACGACUGUAAAUCUGAAAUGCCCCGUUAUUGUAAUAUCAUUGGGCUAAAGAAGAAUAAUUUGUUAAAUAUUAAUAUAUAAUCUUAUACAUUGUCUGCUGCUUCAACACGUUUCAACAUUUCCCCAUCCAUCGCUUUGAGUUUGUAAUUAUUUUAGCAGAAAUAAUGCAUUUGAGGCUUAAUGUAAGGGCCCUGUCAAUAGUUUUCCAAAACUAUUUUAGGCUAUGACGCUUGGUGUGGAGUUGCUCAUGGAUGUACUAGAAAAUUGGGAAUGAAGAUAUGUGGUAAGUUUGCUAUUUUCAUGUCAUGUAUUUUCUUGGACUAAAUAUUUAAUUUUCAUGUGUAGGCUAUAUUGUUCCUAAGUUUUUCACAAGAAAAAAUGAUCAUAGUUUGCAUAUGUAGGCCUAUGUUGCAUAUUUUAUGUUAUUCAACGCUGAGCAAGCAGACCAUUCUCAUAUCUGAGGAAUAUGGGCUAUGUUGGUCUGAAACACAAAGACUGCAGCCUGGGUGGCUGUGGUUUCGGCCUUCUGCCCCUUUAGGUUUUCUCUUGUCGCAUGAGUGGGUUUUCAUGCGGAAAGGAUGAUAAUGUCCAUAAUGAUUAUUACCACGGAAUGCAUAGUGACAAACCUGUUUUUAAUUAAUAUGAAAAGCAGUUUGAAAAACUGCAGAGACCACAUGCCUAGCUAUUGGUCCAGAAAGAAAUAGAAAGGUCUACAUUGGCGUCUCAAAAUGGAAUAUGAGCGCUCUUUAGUCUUGCAUAUGUUUUCAAUAUGAGUGUGUGUUUUCUUACCCAGCUAUUCCAUUUUUAAAUUCUUAGGCCCUAAUAAAAUCGUACUCUUGCGCCUCCCAUGGCGUACCUGAGAAAUAAAGUCCUACGUUUGCCGAUGUGUAAUGACCUUGGAAUACACAAUUAGCCAACUGUAGGUUAUCCAACCCCCUUCAAUUUUGGGGGGUAAUUUCUAAUAAACAUGAACAUAUACAGUGGAUUUGACUACAUUAGUUGUAGUAGGCCUAAUCAACAAGUAUGAUAGCCUACUGUCUUUAUUUUUGCUUGCCAUACCUUUGUCUUUUUCUUAAUAUAUCUCGGUAGCCUAUAGUUUGAUAACUGAGCGGGUGUCAUUCAUUAAAGCUAUAUCCUAUUUGGUGGAAUGGUUGGUAUCGGUCCUUAUCAUAAGAGCCCAUCUGAAGAGAAAAGAUGAACGAGACGCGUCUGAAAUCGCAAUUCGUCAAGGUUCUGUUCUACCGAGAUAGUGCUGUCAGUCAGUCUUCUGCUCCACAAUACGAACCGAUUAAGUGGAAGCAAAAUGCCUUAGCCCUAUCUGAUAUGGCCAAGCGUUGAGUCAGUUAUUGUUCCAUCAGGGCCAAUCAAUGCCCAAGAGUAUAGGCAUAAUGCAAAUACAAAUCUAGUUUGAUGUUUUAAUGCGAUGUUGACGCAAUUGUAACGUUUUGGUUUUAUCUGAUUCACUAUCCGGUUAUAGACCUAUAGGCCUGUAUGGCACGUUUCAUCUCUGUUUUUUAAGUGCAAUGAUAUUGGUCUAAAAACAUCAAAACCUGUCUCUCUUGCUUGACCAAGUGAAAUGUUGGUUUAAAUGACUUCACGUGAGACAGAAGCAAGCUUAUUCAGACUAUAGUCUAACAUCUCCUUUUCUGAAAGUGAAAUAAUAAAAUACAUUAUAUUAAAAACUAAAUAAAAUGAAUUAACAUGAAAUAAAACCAACUUUCAUCUUUUGAUAUACUUUUAUGUACUUUUUAUUUAUUACUCCAAAGGGUGUGGGCUAUGGCAUAUAAUUGGGUUUCACAUCUUAUAGGCCUAGCUAUCUCAUCUUAAAUAUUGCAUUAUUUAUAGUAAAAUAAGAUAAUAAAUAAGAUCACAUUGCAGGAAUUAUUAUUGUUAUUAAUAAUCUCAGCAGGAGAUUUGGAAAAUGUGUUAUUUUUAGAAGGGCCAAUCUAGAAAUCAGAUUUAGUUUGGGAGAAAUCGGUAGGGCUAAAUAACAUUUGAGUUAAUGUGGUGUUCUCCACAGGCCUAUGAGCAGACGGGCUAUAAAAUGUCCCAUAUAUCAUCUCAGCCCAGUCCAACUAUUAGGUCUCUCUUCAGGCUUUAAUGACAUCGGUUCAUUGUGUGCUCUUCCCUGCUUACUGAAGUGGAAUCUGUUGGAGGGACUUAAUACGAAUGUACAUACACUAAAUUACGGAUAUUUGUUUUUGCUUGGCUGGAUUUUCGUGCUGAUGUCACGGGGCUCAACCUCCCACUGACUCUUCCUCCCAUAAAUAGGCUUCCCUGGACAGGAUGGGAAUUAGGCUACCUCAAAACUAGCCUACAUCACAGCAUUGUCAGCUCAACCAGUGAGAGUAGUUAUGCAUGUGUUUUGUGUAAAAAGGGUGUCAUCAAAAUGAUUGGGAGUGAUGAUAGUAAUCACUCAUUUGAAUCCUCUGCCCCUCGCAACAAUUUAGGAUUUUUGCAGAAGAACAACAACCUCGAGGAGAAGAUUAGUUCCUUCAAGGAAAGAUCGUCUAAGGACCUGCUUGAUAACAGCGACAGGGAUUCCCGUUUCAGACGCACCGAGACAGACUUUUCCAAUCUAUUUGCUAGAGGUAAUUGGCUGAAUUAUUUCCAUUAUGGGAAAUGUAGGUCUAUCAGUCAAAAUGAUCAAAAUUAUGUAGGGAUCUUGUUAAUGUUCGUUUUGUGCAGUUGUUUUUACAAUAAAUGGAAAAUGAGUCAACUUGAAAAUGUUAAUUAUCUUACUGAUGCGAAGAUUAGCCUAAUUGAUCAAAUCUUUAUAAUCGGUCUAAAUCUCAGUGAUGUUUGACAUUAUGGGCAAUAGAUAACAUAGAAAUAUCACAGAUCAGGGGAAGUUUUUAAAACACAUUUUGUGAAAAAUAAUAAGUAUAUAAAAAAUUUAAUAUUCACCAUUUGUUUUACCAUAAUAACCUUCUAGAUCAAUUUGUAAUAGCUGUAAAAUAGCCUAGGUUACUCAGGGACACUCACUGGAGGAAUAGCUUAAAGGGUCAUUCAUUUGUUGCUGAAAAUGACUUUCUAAUUGAUACAAUUUACACCAGCUUUAGAGAGGAAACCCAAAUAAAUAGUUUUCAAGGAGUUGGGAAGUAGAACGAAGUCAUGAUAAAUUCUACAGAAUAUUGUGAAAGUGACCUCUUUAAAACACACUUAAGUGAUGAAGGAUGCAAAAAAAAAGUGAUUGAUUUAUUUUCGAAAAUGAGAAAAACACAAAAUAUCGAUGUGCUUCAAUUUCUCACCCUAGAUUUAUUACCAGCCAAAAAUGGAGAGGAGCCAACCAUGCAGUUCUUGCUGGAGGUGGUGGAUAUUCUCACAAACUACGUCCGGAAGACCUUUGACAGAUCCACCAAGGUCCUGGAUUUCCACCACCCCCACCAGCUACUGGAGGGCAUGGAGGGCUUCAACCUGGAGCUGUCCGACCAGCCUGAGUCCCUGGAGCAGAUCCUGGUGGACUGCAGGGAUACCCUGAAGUAUGGCGUGAGAACAGGUGAAGACAGAGGAGGCAUGAUGCAGAGCUAACCCUCAGCAUAAUCAAGAUCUCCCAUUUGUCUACAAUGAUUACAGAUAAUCCCAUAGUUAAAUUAUGAAGCUUUCAUGAGAAAUGUAUUAACGACAAAUGGUGUUGUCUUCCUCCUAGGUCACCCCAGGUUUUUCAAUCAGCUAUCCACUGGCUUAGACAUCAUUGGGUUGGCAGGAGAAUGGCUCACCUCCACUGCAAACACUAACAUGUGAGUGGUCUUGAUCUCCCCCAGUUAUUACACAUUUAUGAUACAUUUAAAUAUGUUUAUAAUCAAAAAUCGAAGGAUCCUCAAAUAUUGUAAAUAUGUGUACAGUAUAUGAAUUAUUAAAGUCCUCUCGAUUUUGUGCAAAAUGUUAUGUGGACAAUUAGGCCAAACCCAUGGUCUUAGUUAGAGUUCCAUAGCUCUCGAUUUAGGCUGGGAUUGUGAUAAGGGGUUGAAAGAUCUAAUUUAGCAGUGAGUGGUUUUCGUUUGGGUGGAUGUAAGUCUGGCACUGAAGAAAAAUGACAUUUCCUACCAUUUUUCAAAUGGCCUUAGAAGAUUUUUGUUGAAGAUGAAGAUCAGUAGAAGUGACAUAAUUGGGGCCCUUGAUGAGCUUCUAAAUGAAGGAUCCUGAGGAUGCUCUCCAAGCUGCCACUUAAGCAAGUAAAAUGUGACAUGGCAAGCAUGAAGAGGAGAGUUGUGAGUUAGUUAUCUGUUUGCUGUAUUAUUGUUGACGACAAACACUGUGGCUGUAGUCAUAAUACAGCCCUGCAGGAAAAGGUUGUUUUAUGUAACACUCUUUGGAUCAGAGAUAAUGGUACAACAACAGAAUGAUAUUCUCCCUUGAGAUGUGCAGCAGAAAUGUGAACAACAGACAUAGUGAUGUUUUUCCGUGGGAAGGGCAAUCUGGAAGAGACAGCAUUAUGAUACACCAGGUGUCCAGGGGCUUGUCCAGGAUAAACGUUGAUGCUUCAUUGGCCAUGGGCUAUUGUUGACCGGUUCACACACAGAUUACCAGCUGAGGCUGCCGAGUCAUUUAAGGUACUGGCCAGAGUGUAUCAGCUGCUGUAACAUGCUGAUAUUGUCUACGACCUCAGCCUAAAACCCAUCAGGGCAUUGUAAAAUCAUCAUAACAAAACAAAAAAAACGAUAUGAAAAAUGUUGUAGCCUAAGCAUUGAUGAAACAUUGCAUUUCUGUGUGGUAAGAGCCAGAGUCAUCUGUGUGGUAAGAGCCAGAGUCAUCUGUGUGGUAAGAGCCAGAGUCAUCUGUGUGGUAAGAGCCAGAGUCAUCUGUGUGGUAAGAGCCAGAGUCAUCUGUGUGGUAAGAGCCAGAGUCAUCUGUGUGGUAAGAGCCAGAGUCAUCUGUGUGGUAAGAGCCAGAGUCAUCUGUGUGGUAAGAGCCAGAGUCAUCUGUGUGGUCAUGAUAUUGCCAUUCUUAUUUAAAAACAGCACAUAAAUACAAGCUCACCACCAACGCUGAGGCUCUUCAUGCCAAGGAUUCAUUUAUUAUGCCUGGCCCCUGGCUUAAUAAAAAGUUCAACCCUCUCCUGAUUUAGCUUUUUAUUUAUUGUAAUCCCCAAAGGAUUUCCCCCAAUGUUUUGAAGAGUCUUUAGUUUGUCAAGCUCAUCGCAUUGAUGUGAUGCUGAAGAGUGUUCUGGUGAGAGUGUUAGCCCGUGUGCUACAUGGCAACACUACUGUAGACGAAUUGAAUCAGAGGUCGGGCUCUGACUGCAUACAUAUUUGCAUUAGCUAAUUACUCCAUCAUCAUUCAUUACCCCUGACAUUUAUUGAUUGACACUAAUUGGUUGACAAUCAUGUCAUAGGGUUAUUAUCAGGAUUAGUCUACAUGAGUGAGCAAGCGAAAAUUCAUUUGGGACAUAACUCCUAGCUUUUUUUUUUUUACAUUGUUACUGGAUAUGCUAGCAAGAGAAAUAAAACAUAUGUGCUGUGUGGAUGGCACAGUGUGAUACACCGUAUUGUCCCACUAAUGCAUUGACUUUCAUUGCAUGAAUAGACAGGCUGUGUAAUUAGGAGAGCAUUGGGCAGAACAUAGUGAAGAUGGAUGAGCUACUGUGGUUGGGCAUCCAUUUAAUUCUACAUUGAUAUUGCACUACCCUGGAGGGAAUUCUAUAACAUGUUCUAAUGAUAUGGAAGCAAUCCUUUAUUUUGUAAUCGUGAUUGCAUUGAAUAAACAUGACUGUAAUCCUAUCAUUCCUAUUGUAAAGGAGAAACAACCAUUUUUCCAUCAUUACUCUCAGAGAUGGGCCUCGAGUGUAAUAUACUGUCUGUAUUAAAAACAAACUCAGUGGAAGCUGGCCUCCAGACAAACCUCUGAUACAAAGGCAAUGGCAUUCUCAUUGUGUUACAUCAAAUUUCUAGCCUCUUCUUCUUGCUAACUCAGAGACAAGAGCUCCCUCUUGGUGGCAUAUUCUUAAUGGACUUCCGCCUAUGUGACAUUCGUGUUCUCUCUCAUUCCACUGCAACAAAUUGUAUCCCUAAUACAAUGUGACAGCGCUAUCAUUGAAACGUGGCUACGUUAAAAGUAGUAUGCAUGUUCCAUGCUUUCUCUGGCUUCAAUGUGGCACUGCUAAUAUACACUAUAAGAAACAUAUGUAAUGACAAUUCAAGAACACAGCAAACAAAAAAUUAUUGGCUGUUAUCACUAUGGUGAUGCAUUAUCCUGGGAUUCUGCCACCUACCUUCACUGAUUCUGCUUAUGUCAAUAUAGACAAUGUAGAUAUGAGAAACAAAUGGCAAUAUGAGAGUUCAAGACCAAUGAUAGAAUGGAUUUCUAAUGGUAGUGGGUAACUGGAGACAGGUGCUCUGUUUCAGGUUCACCUAUGAGAUAGCUCCAGUCUUUGUGCUCAUGGAACAGCUGACGCUGAAGAAGAUGAGGGAGAUCAUUGGCUGGCCAGAUGGAGAGGGCGAUGGGAUAUUCUCACCAGGUGAGUGCAAAGCCUAUGUUGAUCAACGGUUGUCAAUUCGGCCAUGCCUUGAGAAUCUGAGAAGGGAAUAAACCUACUGUUACAGAUGAAUAUUCCUUACGCAAAACUUCAGAUAAUAAAAUGCAGUUAAGUGAAACAAUAAAAUGCAGUUAAGUGAAACAUUGUAUGCACUGUCUGUGCAGGUGGAGCGAUAUCCAACAUGUACAGUGUGAUGACCGCCCGUUACAAGUUCUUCCCUGAAGUCAAGACCAAAGGCAUGAAUGCUGCCCCCAGACUGGUGCUCUUCACCUCAGAGCAUGUAAGCCACAUACAGUCUCCUCAUAACAUCUGAUUAUAACAUGCAUUUUCACAUCACAAUAUGUCUCCAGUCUCAGAAACAGCAUUAUAUUACCAAAACAGUCUUACUGUUACUUAUUGUGUCACUACUCAAUUGACCCUGUCUAUUCUGUGUAAAGAGUUCAUGGCAUGCCUGAUUCAAAGCUACGAUAUGGCCCUCAUUGAAACUGAUAAAACAAUUGGACAGUACAGCUGACUGUAUCUCAGACCUCAGCUGAUAGGCUAGUAGUCUGAUGCCAUGGUCAUGUGUUUUGACAGAGUCACUACUCUAUAAAGAAAGCCAGUGCUGCUCUGGGCUUUGGAACAGAAAACCUGAUCCUGUUGAACACAGAUGAGAGGUUUGUGGAUCCAUGUCCAAUACACUGCACUGUGUCAAACAACCCAAUGAAAACAUCCCUUUGACUGUCUGUUUGCUUCUUUAGAGGGAGAGUCAUUCCUGCUGAUUUGGAAGCCAAGGUCAUCGAUGCCAAGGCGCGGGUGAGUUUCAGUCAGACAAUCAACUUGAAAUUGUGGAUUCGUUCCCGCUGAAGACAUUAAUUACCUUCUGUUUGUUUCUGCACUGAAACUGAAUUCUUAUGAGACCAGCUGCCUAAUAUGAAUCCAGUCGUUACCUGAAUAGUCAGGUCAUUACUUGUUUACAAAACAAAAACAUGUCUACUUUCAUUUUAGGGUUAGUGCUUAUGCCUCCUAAAAUAUUAUCUUACUCACUGCCACUAGUUCCAAAGCACAGUCUCCUGAAGCUAAUUCCGUUAGAGGAGGGAGGUGAUAGCAGGGUCUCUGCAAUGCGUGUGCAGUUCUGCUGUGACAAAGGCUUGCCAAGAGAAAUAGUCAAAUGUCUGUGAAGUCUGCUCAAACCUAUUUAUUUUCAGUCAAACAUUACCGAAACUGAAGAAUGCAACCAUUUCAAUUCACUGCAAUAAUAUAAGAACCCAUAUUCAUUCUGAUGGAUUAUGCUUGCAGGGUUGUGUCCCAAUGUUCGUGAAUGCAACAGCUGGUUCCACAGUGUAUGGAGCGUUCGACCCCAUCCAUGAGAUUGCAGACAUCUGCGAGAAAUACAACAUGUGGCUACAUGUGGAUGUAAGUGCAUCUUCCUACUAUGAAUACAGGAAGGUUAUUGUGAUGUUGAUCAUUUCAGGGUUGAUUGCAAUACGUUUUCAUGGUGGGCUAAGCUUUAGUUUAAACAUAUCAGCCACUUUCAGGUCUAAUCCUUAUCCUCAAAACAAACGGUUGUUUUUGUUCAGGGUGCAUGGGGAGGAGGCCUACUGAUGUCCAGGAAGCACAGGCACAAGCUGAGUGGCGUGGAAAGGUAGGCUACAGCCCUGACAACCUACCACGGUCUCACACACACACAUUGGUGACUGUGGCCUGUCUUACAGCCGGUGUUCCAUGUUUACAGGGCCAACUCAGUCACCUGGAACCCUCAUAAGAUGAUGGGUGUGCCACUGCAGUGCUCUGCCAUUCUGGUCAGAGAGCGGGUAAGAGCAAUACUGACUGAGUUUUCACUUAUGGUGUAUGAUUAGCAAUGGUCAUCGAAAUUGUAAUAAAUGUAACAAUUGGACAAUGGAUGAAGAUACUUCAAACUUUUUCAGAUAUUGACUGAAUUAUAGCACAUAAAACAUUUUACUGGCACGGACAAAUAAUGAAUGGAGUUCAGGGAUUUUGUUGGGAAUUCAGCUAUUCAAUUUAUUGUAAAAUUUCAGUUUUUUUCUUCUUAGAAUGCGCAUAUAAUUUUCUUUAUUAUUUUUUAAAUACCUGAUAGAAUGCAUAUAUGUGUAUAUAUAUAUAUAUGUGCCUCAUUUGCGUAAAUACACCUGGUGUACUUGCAUAUAUGAAUACAUUAACAUGAAGGGGUGGAAUAGGGCUGCAACCACCAAACACUUGCUCUGUCUACCCUAUACCUGCAUGGCUAGACUGCCUCAUUAAUUAAUGUUGUCACGUUCUGUGUGUCAUAGCAGGAUACCCUCGGAUAAAAAAUCUACACACUUAGCUCUAGAUUAAACAUAUAUAUACAUACUUCACAUUGUUUGCGAGAUCAGACAUAAUAUCACAAUAAUCUGAGUGUUCAUUUUCUCAUAUGUAAACAUUUCAACUGUGUUAAAUGAUUCAUUUUUUCAAUUCCACAAAAAAUGAAAACCCAUCAAAAUAAAGUUAUCGUUCUUCUCCGUCUUGUGAUGUAAGUGUUGAGACGGUGCGUUAAAACCCCGAAUAAGCUUCAGCGUUCUUAUAGAUUCCAUUGAGCCCAUUUCAGCCAUUACCGGGGUGUGUUUGACAGGUCAUUACAAACAUUUCAGCGGUCGUAAUGUUAACGGGAAAAAAUGACAGGCACAAGCAAGAGUAUGAAACAGUCGCAGGAGUAAAAUUAAAGCAAUCUAUCUAGCGAGAUUUAAGUGACAAGUGGAUUUUGCACCCCUCAAACACAGGAAAUAGAUGGCUGAAAAAGACAGAUCCUCAGGUGGGCGGGGCAUGCGCGCUGCUAGUGUAUACCAUGAAACACUCAAGUUAGGUCACAAGUCACAGAGAUUUGGCAUACUAUUCAUAUGAAUAGAGCCCAGUUUGAAGGCACCAUUGAACUUUAAGUAUCUGCCUCUCGCCUCUCGCCUUUGUCCUUUAACCACACCAUUGAUCUUUACAGGGAGUUUUAUCAGGCUGCAACUCAAUGUGUGCUGGCUACCUCUUCCAACCAGACAAACAGUAUGAUGUAUCGUACGACACAGGGGACAAGGCCAUCCAGUGUGGACGACACGUAGAUAUCUUCAAAUUCUGGCUCAUGUGGAAAGCAAAGGUAUGUGCACAUAUCUCCCCAAGCUUUUGUUCUAAUACUAAAUCCGGCUAUAUUAUGUAAAGCAUAUGACAGGGAUUGAUCUUGGAUGCUGAUCUUGGAUCAUGUAACAAAAAAAAGAGUAAUGUUUGAUACAGUGAGGGAAAAAAGUAUUUGAUCCCCUGCUGAUUUUGUACAUUUGCCCACUGACAAAGACAUGAUCAGUCUAUAAUAUUAAUGGUAGGUUUAUUUGAACAGUGAGAGACAGAAUAACAACAACAAAAUCCAGAAAAACGCAUGUCAAAAAUGUUAUAAAUUGAUUUGCAUUUUAAUGAGGGAAGUAAGUAUUUUUUAUUUUUUAUUUCACCUUUAUUUAACCAGGUAAGCCAGUUGAGAACAAGUUCUCAUUUACAACUGCGACCUGGCCAAGAUAAAGCAAAGCAGUGCGAUAAAAACAACAACACAGAGUUACAUAUGGGGUAAACAAAACAUAAAGUCAAAAAUACAACAGAAAAUAUAUAUACAGUGUGUGCGAAUGUAGUAAAUUGUGGAGGUAAGGCAAUAAAUAGGCCAUAGUGCAAAAUAGUUACAAUUUCGUAUUAACACUGGAAUGAUAGAUGUGCAAAAGAUGAUGUGCAAAUAAAGAUACUGGGGUGCAAAUUAGCAAAAUAAAUAACAAUAUGGGGAUGAGGUAGUUGGGUGGGCUAAUUUUAGAAUGGCUGUGUACAGGUACAGUGAUCGGUAAGCUGCUCUGACAACUGAUGCUUAAAGUUAGUGAGGGAGAUAAGAGUCUCCAGCUUCAGAGAUUUUUGCAGUUUGUUCCAGUCAUUGGCAGCAGAGAACUGGAAGGAAUGGCGGCCAAAGGAGGUGUUGGCUUUGGGGAUGACCAGUGAGAUAUACCUGCUGGAGCGCAGACUACGGGUGGGUGUUGCUAUGGUGACCAGUGAGCUAAGAUAAGACGGGGAUUUGCCUAGCAGUGAUUUAUAGAUGACCUGGAGCCAGUGGGUUUGGCGACGAAUAUGUAGUGAGGGGCCAGCCAACAAGAGCGUACAGGUCACAAUGGUGGGUAGUAUAUGGGGCUUUGGUGACAAAACGGAUGGCACUGUGAUAGACUACAUCCAAUUUGCUGAGUAGAGUGUUGGAGGCUAUUUUGUAAAUUACAUUGCCGAAAUCAAGGAUCGGUAGGAUAGUCAGUUUUAGGAGGGCAUGUUUGGCAGCAUGAGUGAAGGAGGCUUUGUUGUGAAAUAGGAAGCCGAUUCUAGAUCUAACUUUUGAUUGGAGAUGCUUAAUGUGAGUCUGGAAGGAGAGUUUACAGUCUAACCAGACACCUAGGUAUUUGUAGUUGUCCACAUACUCUAGGUCAGACCCGCCGAGAGUAGUGAUUAUAGUCGGGUGCAAGCAGCGUUCGGUUGAAGAGCAUGCAUUUAGUUUUACUAGUGUUUAAGAGCAGUUGGAGGCUACAGAAGGAGUGUUGUAUGGCGUUGAAGCUCGUUCGGAGGUUUGUUAACACAGUGUCCAAUGAAGGGCCAGAUGUAUACAAAAUGGUGUCGUCCGCAUAGAGGUGGAUCCGAGCGUCACCAGCAGCAAGAGCGACAUCAUUGAUAUACACAGAGAAUAGAGUCGGCCCGAGAAUUGAACCCUGUGGCACCCCCAUAGAGACGGCCAGAGGUCCAGACAACAGGCCCUCCGAUUUGACACAUUGAACUCUAUCUGAGAAGUAGUUGGUGAACCAGGCGAGGCAGUCAUUAGAGAAACCAAGGCUAUUUAGUCUGCCAAUAAGAAUGCGGUGGUUGACAGUCGAAAGCCUUGGCCAGGUCGAUGAAGACGGCUACGCAGUACUGUCUUUUAUCGAUCGCGGUUAUAAUAUCAUUUAGGACCUUGAGCGUGGCUGAGGUGCACCCAUGACCAGCUCGGAAACCGGAUUGCAUAGCGGAGAAGGUACGGUGGGAUUCGAAAUGAUCGGUGAUCUGUUUGUUAACUUGGCUUUCAAAUACUUUCGAAAGGCAGGGCAGGAUGGAUAUAGGUCUGUAACAGUUUGGAUCUAGAGUGUCACCCCCUUUGAAGAGGGGGAUGACCGCGGCAGCUUUCCAAUCUCUGGGGAUCUCAGACGUUACGAAAGAGAGCUUGAACAGGCUAGUAAUAGGGGUUGCGACAAUUUCGGCGGCUAAUUUUAGAAAGAAAGGGUCCAGAUUGUCUAGCCCAGCUGAUUUGUAGGGGUCCAGAUUUUUCAGCUCUUUCAGAACAUCAGCUGUCUGAAUUUGUGUGAAGGAGAAGCGGGGGGGGGGGGGCAUGGGCAAGUUGCAGCGGAGUGUGCAGAGCUGGUGGCGGGGUAGUGGUAGCCAGGUGGAAAGCAUGGCCAGCCGUAGCAAAAUGCUUGUUGAAAUUCUCGAUUAUUGUAGAUUUAUCGGUGGUGACAGUGUUUCCUAGCCUCAGUGCAGUGGGCAGUUGGGAGGAGGUGCUCUUAUUUUCCAUGGACUUCACAGUAUCCCAAAACUUUUUGGAGUUAGUGCUACAGGAUGCAAAUUUCUGUCUGAAAAAGCUAGCCUUUGCUUUCCUAACUGAUUGUGUAUAUUGGUUCCUGACUUCCCUGAAAAGUUGCAUAUCGCGGGGGCUGUUCGAUGCUAAUGCAGUACGCCACAGGAUGUUUUUGUGGUGGUCAAGGGCAGUCAAGUCUGAGGAGAACCAGGGGCUAUAUCUGUUCUUAGUUCUGAAUUUUUUGAAUGGGGCAUGCUUAUUUAAGAUUGAGAGGAAAGCACUUUUAAAGAACAACCAGGCAUCCUCUACUGAUGGAAUGAAGUCAAUAUCUAUCCAGGAUACCCGGGCCAGGUCAAUUAGAAAGGCAUGCUCGCUAAAGUGUUUUAGGGAGCGUUUGACAGUGAUGAGGGGUGGUCGUUUGACCGCGGACCCAUUACGGACGCAGGCAAUAAGGCAGUGAUCGCUGAGAUCCUGGUUGAAGACAGCGGAGGUGUAUUUAGAGGGUACAUUUGUCAGGAUGAUAUCUAUGAGGGUGCCCAUGUUUACAGAUUUAGGGUUGUACCUGGUAGGUUCGUUGAUAAUUUGUGUGAGAAUGAGGGCAUCUAGUUUAGAUUGUAGGUUGGCCGGGGUGUUAAGCAUAUCCCAGUUUAGGUCACCAAGCAGUACAAACUCUGAGGAUAGAUGGGGGGCAAUCAGUUCACAUAUGGUGUCCAGGGCACAGCACAGGGCUGAGGGGGGUCUGUAGCAAGCGGCAUUAUUUCUGGAAAGGUGGAUUUUUAGAAGUAGAAGCUCAAACUGUUCGGGCACAGACCUGGCCCCUCUGCAAAACAUGACUUAGUACUUGGUGGCAAAACCCUUGUUGGCAAUCACAGAGGUCAGACGUUUCUUGUAGUUGGCCACCAGGUUUGCACACAUCUCAGGAGGGAUUUUGUCCCACUCCUCUUUGCAGAUCUUCUCCAAGUCAUUAAGGUUUCGAGGCUGACGUUUGGCAACUCGAACCUUCAGCUCCCUCCACAGAUUUUCUAUGGGAUUAAGGUCUGGAGACUGGCUAGGCCACUCCAGGACCUUAAUGUGCUUCUUCUUGAGCCACUCCUUUGUUGCCUUGGCUGUGUGUUUUGGGUCAUUGUCAUGCUGGAAUACCCAUCCACGACCCAUUUUCAAUGCCCUGGCUGAGGGAAGGAGGUUCUUACCCAAGAUUUGGCGGUACAUGGUCCCGUCCAUCGUCCCUUUGAUGCGGUGAAGUUGUCCUGUCCCCUUAGCAGAAAACCCCCCCCCAAAGCAUAAUGUUUCCACCUCCAUGUUUGACGGUGGGGAUAGUGUUCUUGGGGUCAUAGGCAGCAUUCCUCCUCCUCCAAACACGGCGAGUUGAGUUGAUGCCAAAGAGCUCGAUUUUGGUCUCAUCUGACCACAACACUUUCACCCAGUUAUCCUCUGAAUCAUUCAGAUGUUCAUUGGCAAACUUCAGACAGCCCUGUAUAUGUGCUUCCUUGAGCAGGGGGACCUUGCGGGCACUGCAGGAUAUCAGUCCUUCACAGCGUAGUGUGUUACAUUUUACAUUUUAGUCAUUUAGCAGACGCUCUUAUCCAGAGCGACUUACAGUUAGUGAGUGCAUACAUUAUUUAUUUUUAGUCACCAAGAAAACAAUUACUUAUUAUUGUUUUCUUAGUGACUAUGGUCCCAGCUGCCUUGAGAUCAUUGACAAGAUACUCCCGUGUAGUUCUGGGCUGAUUCCUCACCGUUCUCAUGAUCAUUGCAACUCCACGAGGUGAGAUCUUGCAUGGAGCCCCAGGCCGAGGGAGAUUGACUGACAGUUAUUUUGUGUUUCUUCCAUUUGCGAAUAAUCGCAACAACUGUUGUCACCUUCUCACCAAGCUGCUUGGCGAUGGUCUUGUAGGCCAUUUCAGCCUUGUGUAGGUCUACAAUCUUGUCCCUGACAUCCUUGGAGAGCUCUUUGGUCUUGGCCAUGGUGGAGAGUUUGGGAUCUGAUUGAUUGCUUCUGUGGACAGGUGUCUUUUAUACAGGCAACAAACUGAGAUUAGCUCAUUACCUGUAUAAAAGACACCUGGGAGCCAGAAAACUUUCUGAUUGAGAGGGGGUCAAAUACUUAUUUCCCUAAUUAAAAUGCAAAUCAAUUUAUAACAUUUUUGACGUGUUUUUCUGGAUUUUUGUUGUUAUUCUUUCUCUCACUGUUCAAAUAAACCUACCAUUAAAAUUAUAGACUGAUCAUUUCUUUGUCAGUGGGCAAACAUACAAAAUCAGCAGGGGAUCAAAUACUUUUUUCCCUCACUGUAUUAAUUCUCUAUGUAUAUUUCCGCUCCAACAGGGAACAAUAGGGUUUGAACACCACAUCGACAAGUGCUUGGACCUCUCGCAUUACCUCUACACUAAAAUCAGGAACCGUGAGGGCUAUCAGAUGGUGUUCGAGGGAGAGGUGAGAUUGAUCGCACUGCAUUUUCUACUCUGUUCUGUUUCCAAAGAUAGUAAUAUCUUCCAAUGGAUUACCCUAAGCGUCAGAGAGAUCGGAAAUAUCUGAUGAAUCAGAAGUCAUUCACUGAGGUGCCCAACAGGGUUCUGAGCAACAUAAUGUAGUGGGCAGGCCUGCCUGAGGUGGUGCUAUGCUUUAGAAUCCUCAGUUGAACUCCUUGUGGAUUUAUGAAUUUACAGAUGUGGGAUCUUAAUUUGACCAGCUUUGUCGCAGGAGGAUCUGAUUAUUCUCAAAAAAGUGAUCAUUUCUAACAGGAAAUUAGUGUUGAUAGGCUACUACAGUAGGCUAUAGUUUAGGUGUAGCCAAUGGCUCCAUUUCAGAUACACUUGUAUGUCGUUAUGGAGACCAAUAUCGAUCUUGUGUUAUUAAGAUAUAUAAAACAUGGCUGCAUUUCAGAUACAUUUUUGUACAUUUCAAUGUCGAAGUAGUAGGACCUAGACCUACAGUAGUAGGACAUUUAUUCUGUCUGGUGCUUUAAAGAGAACUGUGGAUUUUCAGUGAAUGUAUGUAAAUUACAAGGCUAAUUUGAAUUUCCUGCGAUGCAUGAAAAUCCUCAUCGACAACAGACUAAUCGAAUUAAGAUACUACAUCUAUACCUUACAUAGCCUCAGCUCUCAAUUUGGCCUCUUACUGAGGUUGGCUACUUCUUCGACAGACCAUCCAUUGAGUAAAGACACUGACAAACAAUAGUCUCUGUUUUCUUUCCACAGCCCCAGCACACGAAUGUCUGCUUCUGGUACCUUCCGCCAGGCAUUCGUGACAUGCCCGAUGGUCAGGAGAGGCGGGAGAGGUUGCAUAAGGUAAGGACUCAACAGCUUUGGUCUAUAAAGACUAUAUUUUGUAUUCAAAUGAGACAGCACUGACCGACUGUACAUUUCUCUGAAUUGUCCUUGCCUCUUAACCAGGUGGCCCCCAAGAUCAAGGCGAUGAUGAUGGAGUCUGGAACUACCAUGGUGGGCUACCAGCCUCAGGGAGACAAGGUCAACUUCUUCCGCAUGGUCAUCUCCAAUCCUGCCGCCACAAGGUCAGAUAUCGACUUCUUGACCGAUGAGAUUGAGAGACUGGGGCAUGACUUGUAA